GGGACAAGACAAUGUCCAAGCUAACAAGACUUGCUGUUAACAGUAGAAGGUUUGAUGGAAGAGCCCUGGAAUCACCUCAAGCACUUUCAAACCAGGGGGUUAUAACUCAACUUUCAGAACAAAUUUCUACACUGAAUGAGAGGAUGGAUGAGUUUACGUCUCGUGUUGAAGAACUCAACUCCAAGUUCUCAGUCAGAAAAGUUUCAGCUAGCCAGCAGAAUUUGGCUUUGCAGGCUGAAGCCUGCACUGGAUCUGGACCCACUUCUCAUUUUGUAACUGGCUUAAGUAAUGGCUCAUUGGCAGGAUCUCUACUGCCCCAUUCUUCGUCGUCAUCACAAUUGGUCAAGGAGUCUCCAUUGAUGGAAGAGAUGCUAGCAAUCACACGAAGCCAACGCCAGAUCAUGCACCAAAUAGACAAUUUGAGCAAUCUUCUGCGAGAAUAUUCAGGAGAAAGGCUUCGCCAAGGAAGAGCAGAUAGUAGUGGAAGAGUGACUGAUGUUGACUCAAUUGUCCCAGUUAUUCUUACUUUGGCAAUUGGUGGGUUAGGUUUCUUCUUCUUCAGGAGUCUGACUUCCCCAAAAUAAUUUCAUGCCAAGCAGCUGGCUUUCAGCAUAAAAUCUGCUACACCCUUGUUUAUAUUAUAAACCCCUGUGCUCCAAAUAGAUUUCUAGGGUUAAUUUAAUGUGGUCUGGCCGUGUUGUAAAUAGUUCGUAUACCGUAUACAUGUUGAAAAUGACAGUUGCAAAAGCACAGCAGUACAA